AUGGAACGAGGACAAAUACUGAUGGGGAAAUACGAAAUAGAGAAACUGAUAGGAGAGGGCGAAUGGGGAAAAGUAUACCGAGCAGUCCACACAAAAACAGGCGACACAGUGGCCAUAAAACUCCUGGACAAGAAGAAACUUUUCACACAAUCUCUCCGCCAAAUAGAGAAAGAAAUCUCCAACAUGAGAUCUCUGCGCCACCCCAACAUAGUCCAAUUAUACGAAGUCAUGGCCACCAAAACCAAAAUAUACUUAAUCAUGGAGUACGUAAGCGGCGGAGACUUCUUCGCUAAACUCGAGGGCGUGGGAAGUUUCGGAGAAGAAGAGGCCAGAAAAUAUUUACAGCAAUUGAUCAGCGCAGUGGAUUUCUGUCACAGCCGCGGGGUUUUCCACCGCGACCUAAAGCUGGAGAAUCUGUUGGUUGACGGAGACGGGAAUCUGAAGGUGGCUGAUUUUGGGCUGAGUAUGCUAAAGAAAGAGGGCGGGAAGUUGCAUGGAAUGUGUGGGACGCCGCAAUAUAUUGCACCUGAGGUUUAUACCUCUGUUUUUGGCUAUGACGGCGCCAAAGCUGAUGUUCGGAUGUGUGGGGUUAUUUUGUAUCUUUUUCUUGAGGGGCGUUAUCCCUUUGAUAAUAAAAAUGAUGGGGGGUUCUUCAGGCGCCUUAGUUUCCAGAAGAGGGAUUUGAGAUUUGAUAUGCCGUGGUUUCUUUCUGAAAAAGUGCAAGAGCUGCUGGCUAAAGUUUUGGAUCCUAACCCUAAAACACGGUUUAGCACACGUCAGAUUAUGGAGCAUUGCUGGUUUCGAAAGAACUUUCAAGCUGUUAAUGAAAACACAGAAAAUUCGAUUGAAAAUUUUAAUGGAAAAUUUAAACACAAGUGUUCUAAUGCAUUUGAGAUAAUCAGUUCAAGUUUUGAUAUAUCACCUUUGAUUAUUGGGGAUGAUGAAGAAAGGGAAAAUUCAAUUUUGAGUUUCACAUCAAAUGAACCUAUAAUUAGUAUUGUUAAAAAACUUGGGAAGAUUGGGAAGGAGUGGAAAUUGACAACCACAAAGACACAUUGUACAAUGAAUAUAAAGAGAAAGGAAGUUGAUAAGAAAAGGAAUAUGGAGAUUAAAGUCAUGAUAUAUGAAGUAGGACCAUCGUUGUUCAAAAUAGAGCUGAGUAGAAAAAGCGGAGAUUCAUUAGAAUAUCCUCAUUUUUAUGAUCAAGAACUAAAGCCUAUGAUUAAAGAAAAUAUUUUUACACCUAAAGGUGAUGAUGUACAAAAUUCACCAUUGAAUAAAUUAAAAUUUAAAUAA